AUCGCAAAUUUGGCUGAAUAUCUACUGUAACAAUGAGUAAAGUUUCAUUGAAAAGAGCCGUCAGUGCCAUUCAAAAGUUCUACCCCAUCCGAUUGGCCGAUUCAUCGUGGGACAACACUGGUCUCUUGGUAGAAGCAUACUCUGAGAAAGAUACAUCUGCAUCACUUAAGAUCCUUUUGACCAUCGACUUGACCCAAAGCGUGGUAGAUGAAGCCAUAUCACAUAACACAAACUUGAUCAUGGCGUACCAUCCCUUCAUUUUCAGGGGUCUCAAAAGCAUUACCAGUAAAGACCCUCAGCAGAGAUCUUUAUUGAAGUUGAUAAAAAACGACAUCAGUGUCUAUUGUCCUCACACCGCCGUCGAUAGUGCAGUUGGAGGCGUCAAUGACUUCUUGGUGGACGCGGUCUCUAAAGAAUCUGAAAUUGCAUCUAAGCUGCCCAUCACCCCAGAUUCUUUGGAUCCCAAUUGUGGAGCCGGCAGAAUCAUCAAUUUGGCCAGUCCCAUCUCUCUCGAGAAAGCAGUCGAACGGGUCAAGGAAGCGUUGGGCUUGAAGUAUGUUCAAGUCGCUGUUGCAAAUGGUAAGUCCAAGUCUCACGAGAUCAGCUCGAUUGCAAUUUGUGCUGGGUCAGGAGGAGGUGUCUUUAAAGGUGUUGAAGCAGACUUGUAUUUCACUGGAGAGUUGUCUCACCAUGAAGCCCUUUUCUUCAACGAAUCUGGUAGUUCUGUGAUUGUUUGCAACCAUUCCAACACCGAAAGAGCAUUUUUGAAAGUUUUCAAAGACCAGUUGCAAUCUGAACUCGAAGAUGCUGAAAUAAUUAUAAGCCAGCUGGAUAAGGAUCCGUUUGAAACUUGGUAGGUAGUGAGCCAUGUAGUAUAUUUUGUAAGUAGUUUUCAAUCAGGUUACAUUUUAUAUUUUGUAAGAAGUAUUCAAUUAGGUUACAUUUUAUAUUUUG